CCGUGUGGGCGGGUAUGACCUGAACGUAUCAAGCGAGCUAACACCGCCUACCUCGGUUUCCCUGACAAACAAAGCAUGCACUCCCCAUUGUAGCUAGCCGGUAGCAUUGGCUAGUUAGCCAAAUAUUUGCGAGCCAAGAGGAUGGAAACCGUUGAGGGAAUGGAGGUGGACGGCUGGGACUCCAGUCUGGAGGAAGAGCUGGGUGUUUCUUUGGACGAGCUGAAGAAAUGGAUUGAAGAAGCUGUGGAGAAGAGCGAGAUUGUGCAGAAGAAAAAGGCUCAGUUGUCAGAACUGAAGGAAUGGGUGGAGCAGAAGGAGGAGGAGGAGGCUAGGACAGAGAAGCUUCUCCGUGAUGCCAACCAGUCCGUACUGGAGUGUGAGAAACUGGUGAAGGCAACUUACCGAAAGAACGGCCUCGUCUACCGAGAGAGCAGCUCGGAGGACGAGGGAGGCGGAGCUGUGUUGUCCUCUGAAGUCAUCGAGAUAGACGAUGAUGACGACGACGAUGACGUUAUUGCUGUUGGCUGUUUGGUUCUUCCGAAGAAGCCUAUAACUCCAGUCAAAGAUCCAGUGGUAAAAGAAACUUCCACAGUGCUGCAGAAAACCUCCCAGCAGGUGCAGAAAUUGGUCCAAAUUGUCAACAAGCCACCACUGAGUGCGCCAUUGCUCCGUUCCCCAGUACUGCCCUCAACUCAGUCAGGUAGUCACAGCUCACCACCUGCCGUGUUUAUAUCCCAAGGAUCUCAGUCUGCAGCCCAGCCAAACCCCAAAAUGCCAGAAGAUGAGCUCAGAAUCUGGAUGAGCAUUCUGGGAAAGAAGCGCACCAAGACGUGGCACAAAGGCACCCUCGUUGCUAUCAACCCAGUUGGAAAUGGUACAUUCAAGUAUAAAGUCAAGUUUGAUAAAGGCAAGAGUCUGCUGUCUGGAAAUCAUGUGGCUUUUGACUAUAAUCCCACCCUGGAGAGUCUGUACGUCGGCGCUCGUGUAGUUGCCAAGUAUAAGGAUGGAAACCUGGUAUGGCUCUAUGCUGGAAUAGUAGCAGAGAUGCCCAACAACAAGAACCGCAUGAGGUUUCUGAUCUUCUUUGAUGAUGGGUAUGCUUCAUAUGUGACGCUGCCUGAGCUCUACCCAGUUUGCCGACCAUUAAGGCAUACUUGGGAGGACAUAGAGGAUGCAUCGUGUCGAGACUUUAUCGAGGAAUACAUAACCGCAUAUCCCAGCAGGCCAAUGGUGCUCCUAAAGGUUGGCCAGAUAAUCAAGACUGAGUGGGAGGGAACGUGGUGGAAGAGCAAAGUGGAGGAAGUGGAUGGCAGCUUGGUGAAGAUCCUUUUCUUGGAUGAUAAGAGGAGUGAGUGGAUCUACAGAGGCUCCACCAGGCUGGAGCCGAUGUUCAAUCUGAAGAUGACCACAGCCAACACCCAGGAGAAGAAGCUAGCUGGCCAGCAGAGGACAAGACCUAACAUGGGGGCGUUGAGGAGCAAAGGCCCAGUAGUUCAGUACACCAGUGACGGGCAUGUUGGAGCGUCUCCGGUCAAAGCGCCGCAGCCCUCGACCAGCCAGAGUUCACCAACAGCACAGCUUCAGCAGCGCCCACCGCCGCUGCAACCUCAACAAACCCCUCAGCCUGCGCUUCCUUCACAGUCUGUGUCACAGAAUAAACAUCAGAUGGCCCGAAAGAGUACUUCUCCAUUUGUUCCUGGGGUGGGAGGCACACAUGCCUCUAAAGUCACGCAGUCUCUUACAGCCACUAACAGCAACCUCUCAGGUGGAAGAGUGCUGAAUGCCCCAAACCCUGUGGCACCCACAUUCACACAAACAUAUCAGAGACAGAUGACCCCGCUGACUACAGUCCCCGCUACUAUUCCCCACGCAGUGACCUCUGUGCCACACCAGCCGGCGUACCGCGCCCCAACCGACCGCAUCUUCUACUUGGCGCACACGUGUCAGCCCGCCUGUCUGAAGCGCGUCCGACCCACAGCAACAAGCAUGCACAGAGGGAAGAACCCGCUCCUCACACCUUUGCUGUAUGACUUCAGACGUAUGACUGGACGGCGCAAAGUCAACCGCAAGAUGUCUUUCCACGUCAUCUACAAGGCUCCGUGUGGACUUUGCUUGCGUAACAUGGCCGAGAUCCAGCAGUACCUCUUCCAGACGAACUGUGACUUUAUAUUCUUAGAGAUGUUCUGCCUGGACCCCUACGUGCUCGUCGAUCGUCCCUUCCAGCCACAAAGACCCUUUUAUUACAUUGCAGACAUCACGGAGGGAAAGGAGGAUAUUCCACUUUCCUGCGUCAAUGAGAUUGAUAACAGCUCUCCUCCUGAUGUAGCUUACAGUAAAGAGCGUAUUCCUGAAGAUGGCGUGUUUAUCAACACCAGUGCAGACUUCCUUGUCGGCUGUGAUUGCACCGACGGCUGUCAGGACAAAUCCAAAUGCUCCUGCCACCAGCUGACCCUUCAGGCUACAGGUUGUACACCGGGGGGCCAGAUCAAUCCAAACGCAGGAUAUUCGUACAAACGAUUGGAGGAGUGCCUACCCACAGGGAUCUAUGAGUGUAAUAAAAGAUGCAAAUGUAACGCUCAGAUGUGCACCAACCGGCUGGUGCAGCACGGCCUGCAGGUCCGUCUCCAACUCUUCAAGACCCAGAACAAAGGCUGGGGCAUCCGAUGUCUGGAUGAUGUGGCUAAAGGCUCAUUUGUGUGCAUUUAUGCUGGUAAAAUCCUGACAGAUGACUUUGCUGACAAAGAAGGUCUUGAGAUGGGUGAUGAGUAUUUUGCUAACCUGGACCACAUAGAGAGUGUGGAGAACUUUAAGGAGGGCUAUGAGAGCGAGGCUCACUGUUCAGACAGCGAGGGAAGCGGCGUGGACGUAUCCAGGAUAAAAAUCCAGCCCUCUGCUUUAGUGUCAGCUAACCCUGUGGGGCGACCAGCUAAGAAGACCCAAAGCUCGAGCUCGUCAGGCGACAGCAAUGAGGAUGAGGACAAAGAGUCUAAGAGUGAAGAUGAAAGCGACAGUUCAGAUGACACGUUUGUGAAGGACAGCUACUACAGCUCCAGCUCGGUGUGGAGGAGUUACACCACACGUGGGCAGGUCAAAGGCAACAAGGAAGGGAGUCAAGAUAGUAAAGAUGGAAUGAGCAUCUCAGCCAGAGGAACAGAUGAUGAGAAGCCACCAUCUAUGCCAGAGGAGACGGGAAAAAGCAAAGUGGCUUCUUGGCUAACGAGCCAGGGGCUUAAAAAGGAAACUGGAGAUAACAAGAGUCCAGUGAAGCCAGAAGUGGUGAAGAAGCAGGAUGUGAUGACUUUGUCUGACAGUGAUGAUGUUCAGACCAUCAGCUCAGGAUCCGAUGACAACAAGGACAAAGAGAAAGCAACGCCAGGUGUGACUAAAAAGCAGGUGGCUGUGAAAUCUACUCGUGGCAUCGCCCUGAAAAACAGCCACGGGAUGAUGGUAAAAACAGGCGUGCCUGGAGGUGGAGGGCCGGGAGGAGGUAAAGGAGGACAGCAGGGGCAGACGGGAGGAGGCGGAGACAACACUCCCACUAAAAACACCCGCCAGUUCUUUGAUGGGGAAGAGUCCUGUUACAUCAUUGAUGCCAAGUUGGAAGGAAACCUCGGACGUUACCUCAACCACAGCUGCAGUCCGAACCUUUUCGUCCAGAAUGUGUUUGUAGACACGCAUGACUUGAGGUUCCCCUGGGUUGCCUUCUUUGCCAGCAAGAGGAUCCGGGCCGGCACAGAGCUGACCUGGGACUAUAACUACGAGGUGGGCAGCGUGGAGGGUAAAGUCCUGCUCUGCUGCUGCGGCUCCACCGAGUGCCGAGGAAGACUGCUGUGAUCCACAGGGGCCUCCAUUACCUGUAGUAAAACUAAGGAGCCCUGUCAACACUGUACCCUCAGUUUUAUUAGUUUUUUUUUGGAGGGGUUUGAGUUUGUUUUUGUUUUUUGUUUUUUUAAUUCAAAUUUUACAUUUUAUUACUACUGCCUUGGUUUUAUUAUUCCUCUACAUCUCAAUAAAAUGUCCUCUCUGUGAAAUUCACCAAAGGUCUUGAAUUGAAAAAAAAAACCCCACUUCACAAUAAAAUAACUGUAUUAUGAA